AAUCGUCACGCCGUUGAGCCAAGUUUACUUAUUAAGUAUUGAUAUUCUUGAGGGCUUCACCUAGAUAACAUUGUGACACAAUUCGAGACAAUAUCAACCUAAACCGAAGUCAACACACACACACACACACAAUAAGAAAGUUAUCUAACAAAAGUUAAACGAUUAGAAACAUCCACCGUGAUCUUUUUGUUUCCCACAGUGGUCAUCACUUGUAGGCUAUACUUGACUUCGUUUGAAGUUUCUCGUUAAAUCCACUGGGAUGACCAGUAAAAUGAAAGCCAUUGUGUCCCUGUUAGCCCUUGUUUGUCUAUUUCAAUUAACAACUGGAGGGCUGAUGCCAGCUAAGAAGACGCAGAGAAAUGUAAAGCCUAUGUCUGCGGUGGAAGGUGACGCAAUGCGGUCUUACUCCGAGAGACAGAAACGUAUGAAUGGACUGUGGUCAAGCGCGUCGUGCGAUCUGUGUGUACUCAUCACUCAGCAGGUGCAAGACUGGAUUCGCAAGUCUGCAAGUGAAGAGGAAAUCGUCAAGGAGGCCAUUAGAAUGUGCAUCUUUUUUAAAAUACAGGACGCCCGAGUGUGCUCUAUGAUUGUUCCAUUACAUAAGGAUGAGAUCUUGUACGUUGUUGCUAAUCUAGCGCUGGACCCGAAAGAGGCUUGUGGCAUCAUUUUAGGAGAAAAAUGCGGCACUCCUUACUUCCCUGGAACCAUGUGGAACGUCACCUUUCCAGACACACCAAAACCGGCACCCAAGCCACCUACGCCACCGCAGCCUUCAAGUCCAACUGUAAGAUUUCUUCACUUGACGGACAUUCAUAUAGAUUUUGACUACAGAGAAGGAGCAAGUCCCAACUGUGGUGAACCUCUGUGUUGUAGGGCAGGAGAUCUAUUCAAUGAUACAUUGAAGGCUGGUAAAUAUGGAGAUCAACAUUCGUGUGAUGCACCCAUGAGUCUUGUUCUGUCAUUGUUCAGUCAUCUUAACACCAUUCAAGAUCAGUUUGAUUACAUUAUAAUGACUGGAGAUAUUCCUGCUCAUGAUGUUUGGAAUCAAACCAGAUCUGACCAGAUAGCACAUUUGGUUGCACUGGAUAAACUCUUCUCAAACUACUUGCCCACUAAGCCAGUAUACUAUUGCAUAGGAAACCAUGAAAGCUCUCCAGUCAACAGCUUCCCACCUCCCACUAUACCAAUACAGAAUAUAGACUGGCUGUAUGGAGCCAUGGCUAACAUGUGGGGAAAAUGGUUACCUUUAUCUGCUCUAGACACUGUCCUGAGAUGUGGUGGAUACUCCAUCUCACCAUACCCAGGUUUCAGAAUCAUAUCAAUCAAUAAUAAUUAUUGUAACAAGGGAAACUGGUGGUUACUUCUCAAUGAAACUGACCCUUGCGAUGUACUCCAAUGGCUCAUCCAAGAACUACAGAAUGCUGAAGACAAAGGAGAGAAGGUGCACAUGUUACUUCAUAUACCACCAGGUGAAGGGACAUGUCUCAAAGCUUGGAGCUAUAAUUACUUCAAUAUUGUCAACAGAUAUGAGAACACCAUAGUGAACCAGUUCUAUGGCCACAGUCACCAUGAUUGGUUCCAGAUGUACUAUGAUAAUGUCACUUUCAUGAGGCCUCUGGGCUUUGGUUUUAUAGCCCCCAGUGUGACACCAGGAUCCAACAUCAAUCCUAUCUACAGGAUUUAUACCAUGGAUGGAAACUAUGCAGACAGCUCUUGGGCAGUGCUAGACUUCAACAGUUUUUAUCUCAACAUCACUGACGCUAACAAGUCUGGCAACCCAAUUUGGCAGUUUGAAUAUUCCCCUAAGAUGCUGUACAAUAUGACUGGCCUGUACGCUCAAGACUGGGAUAAUUUGAUAAAAAGGAUGGAAGCAGAUGACCAGAUUUUAGAGAUAUUUAACUUGCACAAAAACAACCUACACCCAACAGGACCAUGCACUGGUGAAUGUAGAACAGACUUACUCUGCUCUCUGAUAGAGGGACGGUCUUAUGACCCUGACUUGUGCAAAUAUCAUCUCAGACAUUAGAUGAUUAUUAAUAAUGACAUUAAAGAAUCUUAUACUGGUUAACAAGCCUGCUUGAAGAUCCUGGAUUUAAGCAUAGCUGUAAUUUAACAAACUUGUAUAAGUAUAGAACUCUUUGUCAUUAGACACAAAUCAAUGAAAAUAAUGUCAUCGUGAUACCUACUAAAUGUCACAGUUUAUCCCUUGCUACAUUUUACAUCUACAUUUAUAUUAUAAAUGUUACAGUUGAAGUGUUGAUCUACAUUUAUAUUAUAAAUGUUACAGUUGAAGUGUUGAUCUACAUUUAUAUUAUAAAUGUUACAGUUGAAGUGUUGAUCUCAUAUUACUUGUUGCUAUUGACACGAAUGUACAAAAUAAUUAAUGCAAAGCAAAACAUUAAAACAAAUAAAUCAA